AUGAAGAAAUGGUGGAUCGAUGUUGGUGUUGAUGUUGAUGGUGAUAUUGAUGGUGGUGAUGUAACAGUGAUUAUAUGGUUGAGAGACACUGCGACAUUCUAUGGGAAAAUAAUCAUAACAAUUUUUAUAUUAAUAUUAAUGAUCGUUCGAAAUUGGAUGAGAUUAUGUGAGAUCGUUUAUGAAUCAUAUCUCGUUGGUUUCGAAUUGGAAUUUGCCGAGCUUGCGUUCCCUUACAAAAAGGAAUUAUUUAAAAUACUUGAAACAAUAAUAUCGAACGACGAAUUAUUAAAAUCUAUGGGAUGCAUUAGAUUGGUCGAAAUAGGCGUUAAAACAGAAGCAUAAUUAAUGUUUUCAGACGAUAAUAUUCAAUUUUAUCCAAACAAUACUCACUUUAUCGAUGUUGAUUGGAACGUAAGGUUAGCCGAAUAUCUUAACAAUAAAAAUCGUACCUUGUAAUUUGGGCAUAUUAACGUCGAACGUCUUAUAAUUGGCGAUGGUAGUAAUUUAAAACAAAUGAAAAAUGGAACGGUCGAUGUAGUCGCAUCGAUUAGAUCCUUCUGUUCGAUAAAAUCACCGUUAAACACGUUCGAUGAAAUCAAAAGGAUACUUGCACCGAAUGGAAAAUAUAUUUUUACGGAGCAUGUUCCCGAAAAAAAAAUAGGUUAUAUCGUACGUUGGCUUCAAAUAUUGUUAACGCGACCUGGUUUGUGGCCCUCGUUGUUUGGAAAUUUCCGUUUGAAUUUCGACUUUAUGAAAGAAAUCAAAAGCGCAGGUUUCAAACGCAUUAAAUCAAAAUCGAUUGCGUUAAAUGGACGGCCAGUUUCUCAGAUUUUCCAUUUGAAAUUAACCGGUCGGCAUGUAUUAGGAGUAACAAUAAGAUAAGUAAGAGACAAAGUCUAUUUUUACUUUUUUGUUUUUUUUUUUUUUUUUUUUUUUUUUUUUUGUUUUUUUUUUUGUUUUUUUUUUGUUUCGUUUCUUUUUUCUUUAUCUCUUU